AUGCGUCUCGUUCAUGGUUUGAUCAAAGACUGGAUCGAGGAGGUGACUACUGUGAUCAGUAUUAUCGAGCUUAUUGCAAUAUCUGAGCCGAUGCUGGAAAUGGACAUCACCGCUUUGUAUGAUCUCCCUACGAUGAUUGUGGGUGAGAAGUCCAAUAAAAAGAUUCAAUUGGAUUUGAUCUUUGCAGCAACCGAUGCUAGAUUGAAAGGUCUUAAGAAUAUUCUCGAUGCAGUCAUGGGCGGUAACAGCAAGAUCAACACAAGACCCUCGGAUCUUGUAACGUUGAUGCAGCAACUACCAAAGACGUGGAGUGCAUACACGACCGAGACUUGCAGAUAUUUCCAAAAGUGUAAGUUCUCAGCUUCGUGGAUUGCCGCCAUACAAGAAGUGUCAAAAGCCACAGCACCAAUACAACCCAUUGACAAGGUAUCCUUGAAUCAUGUUACUGAAGCACGUCAAUCCAGGUCGCCUAGGAAGAGGUCAGAGAAUACACAAGAGGCCAACGCCAACCGAGAGACACUCUUCGAGACUUCAAUACCUCAUCAUUGGGGUCCGGACUCUCCUGCUGUACAUAAGAUGACCAAGAAGAAGCGAGACGAAGUCAAUCCAGCAUCGGUCGAAGAACAAGACUUCGUUGUGCUAGCGCAGGAGGACAUCGUGCGAUCCAUUGAGAUGACAGACCCAGUAGGAAUACAAAUUUCUGUCAAGGGCAGAUACUUACCUAUUGUUGACAGCCUCUUCGCGAACGCGCAAAAUAACGUCUCCACCGUACGAUGGGAUAAAUUUGAGCUUUUCAUGCAGGAUGCUGGCCUUGAAAUGAAGCAAGGGCAAGGUGCUAGUGUGACAUUCUCAGGUAAGAACGUGCUCGACGGACGUGAAGCGAGUCUAGUCAUCCAUCGACCACAUCCUGACCGUGUGCUCAAAGCUGUGCAUCUGAGGAACAACGCAACGAAGAUUCGGGAACAAUUUGGUUGGCAGAAGGAGAUGUUUGUGCAGAGGCAGAGAUUGAACGUGUGA